UCUAUUACCCAACUUUUCCUUCUUCAUCCUGUUUGCUCUGUUUCUGUUUUCCUUUGUCAGGUCUUUGAUUGCUCCUUACACAGUUUCUCACCUCUUUUAUGUGCCGACACAGAGACUGUCUCAUAUUUAUAUUAUGAACCAUCGGGUCACUUCCUGUGUUUUUGUUCUUCCAUUUGCUUUACGUGUUCAUUGAUGUACUGAGGAGAGCAGAAGAAGAAGAAGAAGAAGAAGAAGCAUAAUACACUCUUUUGUCUGCAAGCAGAAGAAGAACAAAACACUCGUUUGUGUGCUCUUAGAGCGACCCGAGUGGGAUUUUGGGAAAUGGAUCGGGAAAAUCAUGCGAACCAUGGAGAUGACGAGGAGCAUGAGAUGGAGAAUGAGGAUAGGAAGGACAUGGAGAGUGGUUGGGCCGAGAUAUCCGAGAAGAACAUGAACAUGAGGGCAUCGAUGAGGGAGCCUCUUCUCGUUAAGGGGGUUAACAGGGGCAACGCCACCUCUCAGAUUGCCAUAGUCGGGUCCAACACUUGCCCAAUCGAGAGCCUUGACUACGAGAUAAUUGAGAAUGAGUUGUUCAAGCAGGACUGGAGGUCGAGAAAGAGGACUCAGAUAUUUCAGUACAUUUUUCUCAAGUGGGCAUUUGCUCUGCUGAUCGGACUGUUAACCGGGCUAGUGGGCGUCUUCAAUACUAUGACGGUCGAGAAUAUAUCCGGUUACAAGCUGCUGCUCAAUAUCUAUCUCAUGGAUGAGGGCAGAUAUUUCCUGGCUUUCGUCUCUUUUGUCGGGUGCAACCUCAUAUUAGCAGUUGCCGCUGGUUCUCUCUGUGCUUUCAUUGCUCCUGCAGCUGCAGGGUCCGGUAUUCCUGAGGUUAAGGCCUACCUGAAUGGAAUAGAUGCUUAUUCCAUUUUGGCUCCGAGUACCCUUUUUGUCAAGAUUUUCGGGUCUAUACUGGGCGUUUCUGCGGGUUUUACGAUGGGUAAAGAGGGGCCAAUGGUACACACGGGGGCUUGUAUAGCCAAUUUCCUCGGACAAGGAGGCUCCCGCAAGUACCAUUUGACUUGGAAAUGGCUCCGCUUCUUCAAGAAUGACCGGGAUAGACGGGAUCUCAUCACUUGCGGAGCGGCUGCUGGUGUUGCUGCUGCUUUUCGUGCCCCUGUUGGUGGAGUUCUUUUUGCCCUCGAAGAGGCAGCUUCAUGGUGGCGGAGUGCUCUUCUCUGGAGGACAUUUUUCACGACAGCGGUGGUGGCUUUCGUUCUGAAAGCUUUCGUACAGUUAUGUUCCACAGGGAACUGUGGGUUGUUCGGGGAAGGUGGUCUUAUAAUGUACGACGUUAGUUCAGCAGGAGCAACAUAUGGCAGUGGAGAUAUACUGGCGGCGAUAUUUUUAGGAGUGAUCGGAGGCCUCUUCGGGAGCAUGUAUAACUAUCUAAUCGAUAAAGUCCUCCGCGUUUACAGCAUGAUAAAUGAGCGGGGCGCGGUAUACAGGGUACUGCUAGUCAUCUGCAUCUCUCUCUUGACGUCCGUGUGCGCGUUUGGCCUUUCAUGGACUGUAAGUUGCGUCCCUUGCCCCACCGAAUCAUCAAAGGACUGUCCUACUCAGACGGGCAAUUACUUGAGCUUCCAAUGCCCGUCGGGCUCCUACAACGACCUCGCCACCCUCUUCCUGAACACAAAUGAUGAUGCCAUCCGAAACCUCUUUAGUACGAACACCACAAGGGAAUUCCGUAUCUCCACUCUCUUCAUCUUCUUUGGGGCCAUCUACUUUCUAGGUAUUGUCACUUACGGGAUCGCCGUUCCCUCUGGUCUCUUCAUCCCAGUUAUUCUUGCUGGAGCUUGCUAUGGUCGUCUUGUCGGAAGACUCUUUGAACCAAUCUCGGACCUUGAUACGGGUCUCUAUGCCCUCCUAGGCGCUGCCUCCUUCCUCGGGGGCACGAUGAGAAUGACCGUUUCGCUUUGUGUUAUACUGCUUGAGCUCACGAACGAUCUCCUGCUUUUGCCCCUCAUGAUGCUAGUCCUUCUAGUUUCAAAAACCGUGGCUGAUAUCUUCAACAAGGGAGUUUACGAUCAAAUUGUGAAGUUAAAAGGACUGCCUUACCUGGAGGCCCACGCGGAACCUUACAUGAGGCAACUCGUUGCUCUUGAUGUUGUUUCAGGCCCACUCAUCACCUUCUCCGGCAUUGAGAAGGUGAGAAACAUAUUGGAUGCUCUGAAGUACACGGGGCAUAACGGGUUCCCUGUGAUCGAUGAGCCACCUUUUGUGGAUUCCUCUGAACUAUUCGGGGUUGUCCUGAGGUCCCACUUGCUGGUUCUGCUCAAGGGAAAGAAUUUCUCAUCAGAACAGGUGAUCAGCGGACAAGAUAUAUUGCGGAAGUAUGCUGCGCUCGAUUUCGCGAAGCCAGGGUCAGGGAAGGGCAUUAAACUGGAGGAUUUGGACAUCAAUGAGGAUGAGAUGGAGAUGUACAUCGAUCUCCAUCCCAUUACUAAUGCAUCGCCAUACACAGUUGUGGAGACGAUGUCGCUUGCAAAAGCUGCAAUACUAUUCCGGCAGCUUGGUCUCCGGCACAUGUGUGUGGUUCCGAAGAGUCAAGGGAGGCCUCCGAUUGUCGGGAUUCUCACGCGACAUGAUUUGAUGCCGGAGCACGUCUUAGGACUUUACCCCCAUCUCAAGCCGCACAAAUAGACCGGCAAACGUAUCUGGUUUGGAGGUCGAAAAGCCUAUUCCUUUUUCCUUUUCUUCUCCUGGUUAUCAGGAACCAGCUUCUUCCCCGCACUGUUGCUGAAGGGACUUCGGUUUCCCUUGCGAUCGAAGCAACAAAAUUCUUCCAUGACUGGCACACAACAAAUUUUGCCCGAAAUCCAUCUGUCUCUGAAAGCAGCAGUACGGAUUUUACUAUCAUUCAUUUCGAGUAAUGUACACGAGAGUCAUAGACAGACAUCUGUACAUUUUGUAUAAGGAAAAAUGUAUUCCGCCAUUGCUCCAAGGUACCAUGUAGAGUAUCGGGGCAAUGUCCAAAAGAAUAAAAAAAACACGUGUGAUGAAUUUGAUUGGUAAUGAUCAUAUUGUACCUACAGUUAUUUAUCAGA